UCGACCGCGGAUGGUGGGCGGGGAACGCUGCCUUCAGAAACACAGCUGAGAUCGUCGAGGCAGCGUAUCGAGUCAAGGAGAAGCAAUUGAAGGUCCCAGAAGAUGUGAUAUCUAAUUUCAGAAAUGCCAUCAAGAACGGACGGGCUGCGUGCGAGCUGUACUCCGCCUCGUGUGGGCCAGACAGUGAGAUGUAUUCGAAACACGAGGCAUUUAUCGACAGGAGGCGUUCCAGAUCCUUUCGUCUUCGUCCGACAGAUCGAGACAGAAGAAAUCGAAGAAGUCUGUUCCUACGUCACAACUGAAAUCGCCUCCUCCAUCACCAGAAAAAACGGGUACACAUGUCUAGAGGACGAGCACACUGGAAGCGAUGGUGAGGAGGAUGUAUCGGAGAGCUUGGACGAGCUGAUUCAGGCCUCAACCCCCGUGGAUUCAGCAUCCGACGAAGAAGAUUCAGACCUGGAGGACGACCACCUCGGCGAGAAUAUCAAGCUCACCAUUUUUGUUUACACCCUAGAUGCUAUUUGCGCACAGCUCAAAGACUACUGGACCCAAGCCGCCGACGGGGAAAUGUCCAUUAUCCUCGCUGCAUUUCUGCCUACGACCGCAAUUUCUGGCAUACAAAGAACCGUUCAGGGCAUGUACCGCAUCGUUCCCGACCAUGAAAUCUUCUUGAAAAAAUGGUUCUACUUCAGAGUGCUCAAGAAGACCAAACUUCGAUUUCCAGAUAUGGCCGCCUGUUUCGAUUCCGAUUGUGAUUUAUUCGCUGAGAAAGAUGGCGUUUAUAAUUACUGGUACACUCUUAGAGAUUUGCGAGAGUCAUUCGAGAACAGGACUGCUCCCUCAGAUGCUGGUAAACCUCGAAGCCCAAUGGGUGUGAUAAUGAAUCCUGCGGAAGAGGAAGAUCUCCUCGCCUCGAAUUCAAACGCGAUGGAUGGAAAAGAUACAGGAUGAUAUGCUGCACCUUCUGGACGAAUUUUGUAUGAUCUACACCAUCGAGGGCAACUGUACUGCGGAUUACCUAUUGCCUCUCCUCAAGCGGGUGGUGCAGGAUAAGGAGUCCCCCAUUCCCACCGACCUGGUCGUCGGUAUGACACUGCUCGUUGCGACAUACAAGGUCUUUAUGUGGCCUCAUGGCAACUUGAACAAAACAAACUGCCGCGUUUCUGCUCUCCAGUUUGCAAAUAAGAUUCGAGAAAGCCU